UUAUAAUAUUAACAUUGAUCACCCAUCACAACACCCCAGCCCCAGCAUCACCUGUGUGUGGAGUGACAUAUUAAGACACGCCUAGAUACUAACUACCCUAUUGGACUGAGAUAACAAUAAUGAAAAGCUUUAGACCCACUUGUGCUGUGUUAUGAGUGACUGUUGUGGUCACAUUUACUUGGUGGCUGCCCCUCCACUUUGAAAAAAUUACAGAAAUUUACCUCGUUUUAGGUUUAAGAUUGUAUGGCAGCCGUCCUGUCCAGACCGCAGCAACUAUGAACAGUAGAGUCAAGGCAGAAACUCAAGCUACAGUGUACCAAAGAGUCUCCCUCUGUUGUUAGGACUCCCAGGUCACCCAUUGUGCAGCUCAUGUUCACCCUAAUAUUACUACAAUUCCAACAUCCUGGCAGUUAUUCUCUGAUUUUUUUUUUCUAUAUUUGCCUCAAAAGAUGAUGUUUAUGGCUCAUGAGAAAUUUUGGGGCAAAAUGAGAUUCAAAAUUAUCAGGCAAUACAAAAAUAUUAUUUAAUAUCUCUUACUGAAUUACAAAUUUUAUUUUCUUGUUUUCAUAGCUGGUGGACAGCACAUGCAGUAUCAGAUCUUUGGUAGCUGAUGAUUCACACAUCUUCUUUGCAGCAAUACAGUAUUAAUUUUGUUUUUCAUAAUGUAAGUUGAAAUUUGAAAUAAAUGGGUACUCUGGAGAUACCCUAUUUUGUUUUUUUAAAUAUCUCAGGAUUUUGUGUACUAAAUUAGUGAUAUUCUGUAAACUUAAGUAAAAGUUUCCUUAUUUAGAAUGGUCACAAACACAAGAAGCCUCUGUAGUGUUCAGAAUGUAUUUUAUCCUUUAGAAGAAAAAGGAAGUUUAAUUGUUACAAUCAGAAGAUAUGCUUGUUUAGUGGUAAAGAGGUACCGUACUGUAUUAAUUCCUGCAGGUGAAAAUAUUCAUUUAGAAAUAUGGAGAAUGACACUGCAGUGAGGCCAUUUCAGUGUUCAGAAUGUAGUAAAAGCUAUAACUCUAAAAAGAGCUUAUGGAAGCAUAUGGUAGUGCACAGAGGAGAAACACAUCAGUGUUCAGUAUGUUUUAAAUCUUUUCCACAGAAAUAUAGACUUAUAGAACAUGGGAGAGUUCACACCAAAGAGAAACCAUACCAGUGUUCCAUAUGCAAUAAAGCUUAUCGGCAAAAUUGCAGUCUGGUUAAUCACAUGAUAGUUCAUACUGGUGAGAACCCAUUCCAGUGUUCAAAGUGUAACAAGUCAUUUGGCUUGAAAAGUUAUCUAAUGAAACACAUGUCAGUUCACUCACCAAUUCAGUGUUCAGUGUGUCAAAAAUCCUUUGUCCGAAAAGAGAACUUAAAGAAGCACAUGAGUGUUCACACGGGAGAGAAAAUAUACCUGUAUCAUUGUUCAAAUUGUAACAAAGCUUUUAAUAAGAAAGGGAGUAUGUUAGAUCAUAUGAGAGUUCACACAGGUGAGAAGCCUUUUCAGUGUUUACAGUGUAAUAAGUCUUUUAGUCUGAAGUCUAAUUUAUUAAGGCAUGUAACUUUGCACACUAAAGCUAAGCCGUUCCAGUGUUCAGAAUGCAAUGAAUUCUUUAGCCUCAAGAGUUACCUAGUAAAGCAUAUGAGGAUUCACACUGGUGAGAAACCAUACCAUUGUUCUGAAUGUAAUAGAUCUUUCUCACAGAAAGGAACUCUAAUAGAACAUAUAAGAAUUCAUACGGGUGAAAAACCUUUUGAGUGUCCAGAGUGCAGCAAAACCUUUCAUCGUAAGAGAACCUUUGUAGAGCAUAUGUCAGUUCAUCAAGGAGAGAGAAAGUUAUUUUAUGAAAAUAAUGCUAUGAAUUAUCAGAUAUUGUGCACAUCACCUCAAACUGAAGGUAGCUAUGACCAGUCUUCCCCGUGUGAUAUGGAAACAUCUUUGAAGCAGACAAAUAGUGAUCCUAUGAUAAAUUCUUCAGCAGAGGUAAUAGACUGCUCUGUGGCAGGAAUUAAAGGGGAAAUAUUUGACCCAGACUCCAUCAUAUCAAUGACAGAAGAUCCACUGAAGGUGGACUCACAUCUCCAGAGUGACAUAAAGAUGGAGAACCAUGAAGAGAACUGUGUCAUCAUCAAGGAGGAAGAGUUAGGAAAUUAUUGUUAAAAAAGGUUACUGUAUUUGUGCAUCAGCCUUGUUUAUUUCUUAUCACGUGUGCUAAUGACUGUAAUCCCGUCCUUUUUUAUAUUAUUUUUUAUUUUUCACUCAUUUUGUCUGAUGGCAAAUAUAUGCAAUUAUUAUGAUAUUUUCCAUAUAACUUAUGCUUUUCUUAUAUUUGUUUUGGAAACUUAAAGGUCUACAGAUUGAAAACUCCAAUGUUGAUUCAAGUUAUUAGGAUCCAGGAUGCUGACAACUUUAUAAAUAUGUAGAGAAGAUUACACCAUAUACUGUAGAAAGUUGGAAUUAUAUCAAUGAAAAAAAAAGUCUGUGGGAGUAUCAUAUGACGAAUACUGUACAUGGAUCUCCUGAGGAUUAACCCCAACUUAUUUCAUCUAAUCUCACCUGUAAUGUAAAGGUGUUAAUCCAUCAGCUGAAAUAAGCUGGAGGAAUUAAACUUCAGGUGAUCCAAAUACUGUAUACAAUUGACCACAGUAUUUUGCCAUAUAACUGAGCCCUCUGAUAUUUAUAGCAAAUAUGUUGUCCUUCAAAAAUACUAAUAAACAAAAUGGAAGAUC